AUGGAAGUAGAAUAUAUGGAAAAUCCAAUUGUGCCGCCGUGGCUGGAAUUGCCGUCGGAGAUUACAUCAAUGAUACUACAGAAGCUUGGGACUAUAGAUAUAUUGAAGAAUGCCGAUAAAGUGUGUACAACUUGGCACCAAUUGUGCCAAGAACCAGACAUGUGGCAGGUUAUCAAAUUGCAAAAUGCCAACACCGACGAUUUCUGGGACAGUAAGGAUGCCUUAGAGAAGAUAUACCAUCCAGCUGUGGAUCGUAGCCAGGGUCAAUUAAUUGAUAUCAGUAUUGACUACUAUGGCAUCGAAAAUAUGCUCAAUUAUAUGCUCAAUUAUGUUGCUCAAAGAUCACCUCAGCUCAAACGUCUUGAACUCAUAUGUUCCUAUAAUGUCUUCGGCGAUGAGUUGAGUGCUUCAGUGAAGAAGUUCCCAUUGUUGGAGGAACUGUAG